AUGGAAGACUCUGCAAUAGGAUUAAGUGUAGUUAAACUUAAAACUUAUGAAAAUAAUUUUUUGUAAUUGUGUUCAGUUUCAGAGUGACUGUCAAAAGUGCAGAGUAAAUUAUACACGACCGUUAAACUAAGCAAGUCGCCAAAUUUUGUUGAUAUUUAUGAAGCUAUUCGCAGAAACAAAAUAGUAGGCACACUAUUUGAAAGAGAUGGACGAAUCACAAUAUUACUUUCAUCAGGAAAGCUGCUUAGAUUUAACCCAGCUAAUCCUCGAACCAAGCUUAUUAUAGAAAAUCCAUGAAGUCAGUUUUUUACAUGUGAAAUCGUCUGCGCUAUUUUAACUGAAGAUUUUCCAUGUGUUUUUUAUCUGGAAAACCAAACCUUAAUGUAUAUACGAAGUACAGGAGCAGACAUCCACACAGCACAAGGACGAGAAUUAAUCAUGACAAUCCAAAAAGCUCCAAACACAUUAUCAACUUUAGAGUUCAACUUAAACCAAAGGAUUGUUUUAGCAAUUUCUGAGCAAUUCAUACAGGUAAUGGCAUUUAAUAAAAAAAAUGAAUUGCUUUCAUUUGCGCCUUUUUCUCCUACCUCCCAAUCCUUUACUUCCGAAAACCCAGUGUUUUUUUCAAAAAGAUAUGCAAAUUUAUUUUAUUACAUAGACAAAUCAAAAGACCCAGUCACUGAAAACAUACGAUUUUCUCAAGAGACUAACGCAGAUUAUAUUCUUAAAAAAUGCAUCAUUGAUAAUAGAGAAAUUAGUGAAAGCCGGCUGCAUAUUUUGAGUUUUGAGUCAGAUUUGGCUUCUUUAGAUGUUAAUAAUCAAGACCAUUUUGCCUUUAUUACAGAAGAAAAAUUUUUGUAUCUCCUCAAAGGAAAUAAAACGUCGGGGAUUAAAGUGGAUUCUUUGUCACAUUUUAUAAGGCUACGCUGGCAUGCAUGCGGGUCUAUCAUUAUUUUGAUUAAUGAAGAAAAUUGCAUUCAUCUUAUAGACUGCUGCCUAAAUAAACUAAAAAUUAUUUCUUCAAGUAGAGAACUUGGGUAUCUUCCAAUGAACAAUGAUACAUUAUUUUCUAAAAUUACUUCGAUUAAUGCUGAAAAAGACCCAAUAAUUUUAUCAACUCCUCAUAAUUUAGCUUACUGUUCAUUUCUCCACACAAAAAUAUCUCUCGUCAGCAUCCAUUUAAAUUCUCAAAAUUUCAAUGAAGCAGUCCAAUGCCUUGAAACCUUAUCAAACGAAAAAGACUUUGAAGAAGGAUUUUUUUCUUUAUGCGAAUAUACAAUGAAUCACAUAGAUAUUGAAUAUGUAAAAGUAUUAGAAGAUAUCUGAACCAAAUCCUGCCAUACAAAAUUAGUAGACUCUAUGAGCAGAGACAUUAUGAUAAGGCUUGGCUACCAGCUGCUAAGCAUCGGAAACUACGAACAAGCCUUUUUAUUAGGCAGAAAAUUGCGUAGCAUUAGGCUUCUUAAUGAUAUUUCUUAUUUAGCUGACUUCAAAGGCUUUAAAGGUAUAGCAACACUAGCAAAAUAUGAAAGGGAAAUGAUGGACGAAGAAUAUGUAAGCCCAAAACAAGAAAUUGAAGAAAUCAUCAAAAAAACAGGCCGAGUUAUGACGUCUGCUGACUAUGCACUUCUUUUAAAUGACUAUGAAGAAAUCAUGAAUCUUACCAAUAUUAACGACGCUUUAGGAAAAGGGGGGUAUUUAGACGAAAAAAAUUUCUGGGAAAUUAAUUUAGAUGAGUAUGCAAAAGCUAUGUUUUUUGAAGGAGAAGGGAAAUUUGAAGAGGCAUUGCAGAUUUAUACAAAUAAUUCACUGACACAUGAAAUCAAUAGAGUAAAACUUAUUGUGGAGAAUUUGAAAAAAGCUCCGACAGGGAAUGAGGCUACGAUUGUGAUGGAAGAGGUUAAGGAUCCAUAA